GCGGCGGGCGGAGGGCGGCGGGAGGGGGCCGGGCCUGGCGGCGGCAGCAGCGGGCGGAGGCGGAGCCCGGGUGUCCCCGUCCCGCUGGUGCGGCCGCCGCCGGGCAGCGGGGAGCUGGGGUCCAGGGGCAGCCGGGGCACCGGGGGAGGCACGAUGCUGCUCUUCGUCGAGGUAACAUCGAAAGGUGCUGGCUUAAACCCCAACGCAAAAGUGUGGCAAGAAGUACCCCAAGGGAGCGGUGAGGCUGUGCCGCCAACAAAUGGCGCGGAGCACUCGUGGCAAGACACAGCAGCUGCUCAGGGGACUCAUCCCGAGGGUAACAUAGAGAUUUCAGAGGAUAGCUGCAAGCAAUAUGAAGUGAUGUAUUCCACGCCUUGUGAAGCUACAAGAAAUGGCACAGGAGUUGAUGAAGCGGCUGCAAAUGGGAUUGUCUUAGCAACUGAAGAUCUUGGAUACCAAAUCUAUGAAGUGUCCGGUGAAGGCAGCUCCGCUGUGUCCACAGAAGACAUUAGAGAAUGCUUGAGAAAACAACUUGAAUUCUGCUUCUCACGUGAGAAUCUUUCCAAGGACCUCUACUUGAUGUCUCAAAUGGACAGCGAUCAGUUUGUUCCAAUAUGGACAAUUGCUAACAUGGAAGGUAUUAAGAAGCUGACAACUGAUAUGGACCUUAUUCUUGAAGUUUUGCGAUCUUCUCCUAUGGUACAAGUGGAUGAGACAGGAGAGAAAGUAAGACCAAACCACAAACGAUGUAUCAUCAUUCUCCGUGAGAUCCCUGAAACGACACCCAUAGAGGAGGUUAAGGCUCUGUUUAAAAAUGAAAACUGCCCCAAAGUAAUAAGCUGUGAGUUUGCUCACAACAACAACUGGUACGUUACAUUCCAGUCGGAUACGGAUGCCCAACAGGCAUUUAAAUACUUAAGGGAAGAAGUGAAAACCUUUCAGGGCAAGCCAAUAAUGGCAAGGAUAAAAGCCAUCAACACGUUUUUUGCUAAGAAUGGUUACCGGGUAGUAGAUUCCAGUGUUUAUACUCAGCCAGUUCAAACACAAGCACAGUUUGCCUCACCACUGUUUAUGCAGCCUGUAUAUAGUCCUCAGCAGUACUCUAUUUACAGCAUUGUGCCUCAAACAUGGUCUCCAAGUCCUGCACCUUACUUUGAAACACCACUGGCCCCCUUUCCUAACGGUGGAUUUGUGAAUGGCUUUAAUACACCGGGAUCGUAUAAAACAAAUGCUGCUUCUUUGAGUAUAGGUCGCCCAUUCCAUAGAAAUCGCGUGAAGCCCCACUUCCGAUCGUCAAACAGCUCCGAACAUGCCGGGGAGGGUCCAGCUGCUGCCAGUACCAUGUCAAUGGGGGACGGACCACUGAACAGAACCAACUCGAGGAAUUUUGUCAUGGAGCGACAUAGCAGUACGUUAACUGGGCACCAAGACCAAGGUUAUUCCCAGAAGGAUUCUCCUACCGCACAGAUAGAGCAGAAUGGAGAUUAUGGCGUUGGCAGGGGCAGGAGGAACAUUUUCAGAGGUCGAAGAAGACGAGAAGAUGACCGGAUCUCAAGACCUCAGCCUUCGGCAGAAACAAAGACUCCAACACCAAAGUUUGACUUGCUAGCAUCAAAUUUCCCACCUUUGCCUGGCAGCACAGCAAAAAUACCAGGAGAGCCUGUGCUGGAGAGCAGGAUGUCUGACAUUGUUAAAGGAAUCUGCAAAGAAAAGGAAAGCAAAGAGUUGCUGUCCAGCUGUCCGGCUCCUGCUCAGGAAGAACAGACGCACAGCACUGUCCAACAGCCCGUGACAAGCGCGAGUUCAUCAGGUCAGAGUGAAGCUGUGGUGUUAAGCACGGUUCAGCCAGACAGCAAAACGGAAGAAGUGUCUGUUCAGAAAGAUGUUACAAGCCACGCUUCUCCAUCUGUGUCUGUCUGUCCUGUCAGUGCUGCAAAGCCACCAAGGACAAAUACCACUUCACCUUCUACUAAUGCAAGUGCAGCUCCUGCUGUGUUGAUGCAGGAGCCACGCAAGCUAAGUUAUGCUGAAGUCUGCCAGAAGCCCCCAAAGGAACCUCCUCCAGUUCCUGUUCAGCCUCUUCGGGAACUUCGCACCAACGUAGUUCCCCCUGCCAAAAAUGAAGAAAAUGGUACACCUGAGAAGGCUUUGGAGAAGCCUCACGACAAGGUCGAAGGUCGAAUGAAGGAUUAUUCGGGGUUCCGAGGCAACGGGCCUCCCCGGGGAGCUGCUGAAAAUCAGGGAACAGAGGCGCCAAUUUGGACGCAGAUCAUCGCCUCAGGGAGCACCGCGACGUAUCGGCAAGGAGCAGUAUGUGCCACCUCGGUCACCAAAGUAACGCUGUCCAGCCAAUUAUCUCUAUUUAAUUUGAGCUGUGGACUAAUAAGCAGCAAAGGAGACUGUGAGAAAGAAGUAUUCGUGAAGGGGAAUACUGAACUGGAGUGUGGCUUGUAUGGAGAAGUUGUGGAGGGUCCUAAAAUUCAUCUCUGAAAGUGAUUUCACAAAUGCUGGAGGAUUCCAAUCAAUAUAAAUAUAGAGAUUAUAAUUUUUGUAUUUUUGUUUUUAAUUUGCAGAGGGUUUCCUGCUUGAAAUCAGUUUUGGGGUUGUGAAACUAGCAUUUUGACAAAGUGAGAGAAUAUGAAUUGACAAAUUAACGUGUCCCUCGGUGUAGGAGGAAAAGGAUAAGAGAUUAUUAUUUUUUUGAAAAAUGAGCGUUUCUGUAAAAUUAGAAGUUUUUUUUAACCUAUUUAACACUUGGCUUGUAGGAUGUUGCGUCUGCCAUAAUGGCCUUGCAUUGCAGAGCACAUCUGCAGCUGAGGUGCUUGGUCAGCGUGUGAGUUGAAUGAGUGCAGCCAGAUACUGUUGUCAUCACUUAGUCACUGAUGAUAAAAACUGAAUGUACUACUGUAGUAAACUUUGUGUUUCCAGCUUGGAGUAGAGUCUCUUGACCUUACUAGUAAUUCAUUCAGCAAGCUUUUUAAACUAUAUUUUUUACAGGAGACUGGAUUGUAGAUCAGAGCACAUGGACAGCAAAAAUUGUCUUGUAUACGCACUUGGAAGGAGGCAGAAGGGAGCAUGUCGGAGUUCUUCAUUUGCCAUUUUCCUUGCCUCCUUUUGAGGGCAACCUUAUAGGGUUUUCGUUUGUUCGUUUGUUUUCUUGCUUGUUACUUUCUCUAAUCUCUAACACAGACUUCUGUGGUAUCUUGGUAUGUUUUCCAGAGGCAGGCCCAGUGUAGGAUUGAUGGAGAGCUACGCAGUACGCGAUGUUAGCUUCACAGGUGAGGAGCCUGGAAUUCCAGCUGCAGACGUGGAAUUCUCUCUUAGGGAUGGGGACUGGGCACAGAGCUCUGUGCGCCCUGCCAGGCUUAAACUGAGGUCUGGUUUUGAAUAGCUAUUACUGACCUAUCUUAGUGUUCUGUAGGGUAUUGGAUGCUGUAUCUUAGAAAUCAGGGUUUGUGUACUGGGAGCUCAUUGUUUACAGCUAAUACAGUAACAACUGACUUCUUUUGACUGUUCAAAGUGGAACUAAAGGUAAAGAAUUAAACAAAAACCCUUGUGUUCAGAGAAGCUACUUGAAAGGUAGCAUCUUGCCUAGCUUUAUGCUGACUAAAUUUGCAACACUAUUGUGUAGUAAGUGGUUAAGUUUAAAGGUGAUUACCAUAAUGACUGAAAUAGGAAAAUUCAGUGCAUUAAUCUGCCAAAAUCAGCAUGCCAGGGUUCAAAGUUCUGUAUAAAGUGUUAGGGAAAAGUAGCUUCCAGCCGUAAGAAUCACACCUUUUUUUUCUUUUCUUUUCUGUUUUUGUUUUUUUUUUUAGUGAAUAGCAAGUGUACAAAUUUAAAGUCGUAAGUUGUGAACACUGGAAAACUCAAUUGUGAUAUAUACCGUAAACAUCUUAGUAAUAUAUGCUAGUGUUGCCAUUAGAAUGAAUGUAAGUGGCAGUUAAAAUAACUGUGAAAUUUUUCAUUUUCUGAUUUCUUAGCCAGAUAACCCUUGGCGACUUCUUACUCAGUAGGCAUUCUCUAUCAACUGCUUUGAGAACACUCAUAUCUAUUUUUAUAAAUAUAUAUAUAAAGCCAGAGUUGUCAUUUCUCUAACUUAUUAUUCAGCUUGGCAAUUGCUUUGAUUUGAUUCAUAACACAAUAUAAUGUAUUUAUGCAGUUAACUGUUCAUUUCUAGGCAUGUUAUAUAUAUAUAUAUAUAUAUACAUAUAUUAAAAAAAAGCAAAAAACAACCAAAAUCAUUACUCACUUUUAGACUACCUGUACUAGGUUUGGAAGUUUUUUUUUUUUAAUUUAGUAAAAAUAAAAAAAAUUUAAAAAAUUGUUGAUCACAUCUACAGUUUAGGGAUGCUUACAGAACCCUUCUCCGUUUAUUUCAAUAAUGCUACGUUUGUUGGAAUGAUAGAGAAGUUUUAAGUGUUUUGAAAUGUUAAAGUUCUGAAAUGCAGUGAAUUUCAGAGUUAAGUUUUAAUCACUUUAAAGGCUAUAAACAAUUACUGCAGUCAAACUGGAAAAAAAAAAACGAGCUGUAUGAUAGUCACAGAUGUUUAGAUAGAUGUGCGCUGUCAUUGCGAAGUUGAAUACGUUUUGGGAUGCUGACAGCUGCCUUCAGCUGGUUGCUGUUUGCGAGGAAGUUCCUUGGGAAGAGGCUUUUGCAGAUGUUGAUCUCUGGCCUCCGUGGAAAAGGUGGCACGCUAACUGUGACCCGUGUAGGCGUCCGCUUUCAGUGCAGUGCAUACGAUAACCUUGUAGUGCUGAAAGAGAAUUUUUUUCUUUUAACAAUUGUGAAAUGUAACUUGUUUCGUUUUCCUACAUGUGGAAAAGGAUUAACUGCAGUUCAGUCUUUCUUGAACGGUAAUUGGAAAAACUUGACUGUGGAAAGGAUGCUUUGUAUGACCUGGGUGUGCAUUUUCCAGCAGCAGAAUAUGGCUUUUGUACAGUGUAUGCAAAUAAGUCUGUAAACCUGUUGGCUUUUUCCAGCAAAUUCAAACUUUUAUCAAAUUAGGGCACUCAUAAUUAUUUAUUUUAGACCUGUGUGCAAGGAUUUAACAUUAGCAUUCCCCUCCUUCCCUCCCCCCUUGCAACUUAUACUGUUCUUUGUUGUUUUUUUUUUUUUUUUUUAAUUUGUACUUCUUUGUGUGUCGGGGGGAAUAACCAAGUAAAUAUGAAGGCUGUGAAAACCAUAGUUCUGUGUGCAAGUUCUCCUGCAGUACUUGUAUUGCAUGGCAAACAUUUAACUCGGGCUAGCUGCUAAAUUCUCAUCCCUGUAACGUACUGGGGCAAGCUGUUGCGUCUCUCCCCAUGAAGUUUGCCUGUUCUGACUGGGGAAAACAGGGACAAAAAGAUCACUUGGGAGCCAGAUUGACUGCUGGGGGCAACUCGUUGGUUUCACUUUGGUUGUAUCACAUCAGCAGCAGAUUCGAAACUGCCCCGUGUUCAACAGCAGUGUUCAGAACGCACUUGAAAUAAUAAAUAACAGUUCUCAGUGGUUCCUUCUUGGUAGCUUACCACAUGAUGUAAACACACAUUUUCCUACUCUGCUGAUAUUAAAUACCAGAAGGUGCAAAUCACACGAGUUUAAAUUUAAUGAACUGUUGUGACUUGUUUUCAGAAUUGUUGACUUUUUGUUAGCUACAGAAGUAUACUUCCCCAGUUAAGUUCUUUUCCAAAUUAUUGUGCAUGGAGAAGAUUGGGCCACUCUCUUGUAUUUCUGCUGGGGAGUGAAAAGAGGAGUAAUUAUUUGCAUGUGAUAGUAAAAUUAAAAGUGCAAAAUUUCUUUUGAUUUCUAAAAUUUAGUUUUAUAGUAUCUUACAUUCCUGCUUUGUUUUUUUUUUUUUUAAAAAAAAAAAGUUAGCUUGGCACAGUAUGAUGGUGCAGUUUUAGCAGUAGGUUUUAAAAAAAAAAUGUAACCCACUCUAUUAACCAGAAGAGAAAGAUGAUACUGUGGCAGAUCAGUAGCAAAUAAGUGACUUAAUCGAUGCUUUACUGUAGUUAAAUAGCUAUGGCCUUACUACUUUGUCAAUAUCAGCUUAAUUGUCUUGAAAAUGUCCGCUAUUUUUACUGUUACCCAAGUGAACGGUCACCUGGGGUAAAAUAUCUGGUAUGUACAGAUGAUAUUUUAAAUUUGUAAAAUGCGCCGUAUUACAGACAAUGCAACAGAAAUGCACUUCGGGGGGAAAUUGCUUCUGAUAAGUUUUUUUGUAAAUCCUUGAUUACUACAGAUAUGCAAUAGAAUUUUUGUUUCUAAUUUUGAUAUUUCCUUCUGAAACAUAAGAUUGUUGCCAUUAAUCUGAAUGAUUUAUCAUGCUCUUCUUUGUGUGUAUAUAUUACAUAUAGUCUGAGCUUCCUUUAGGAUGGUACAUAAUUUUGGUUUGGUGUAGUAUUUUAGUUGGCUCUCCUCUUCCGUGCCUUUAGCAUAGGCACUUCGAGAGGCUUAUUGAGUCUGUUUUUAAUGUACAGUUGGGAGGACUUGAAAUGGAGUUAAAGCAACUUAUUUCUGAAAAAUCCAUCUGCAAACUAACCUGUAACAACUUUAAAAUUUUAUAUUUAAGAACCAGAGGUUUAUUUUUAUGGAGCUUCAGUUAUGGAUACAGUUUCCAGAAAUGCAACUUCAACUAUAAACAGACUGUGCAUAAAUGGUUUUUGUUCUAAUUUUUAUAGAAUACAAAAUAUUCAGAUAAUAUAUUGAGCUCAAGUUACUACAGAUAUCAUGUUCCUCCCCCAUGAAUCCAGCUUCCCCUUGGCAUUUAUCUCUCUUCAAAGUGGUAGGGCUUCAGUGAAAGGAGAAAAAAGCAACCUAUCUGGCUUCUAUACUUUGUCUGUUCUGGUAUAUAUUCCUGUUGUCAACCCUGUCCAAAACAAAAUUUGUGUAAAGUAGGUUCAUGCUUUAAAUGUUAAAAUGAUAAUACAUGUAUUUGUAUUUGUUUUUGACAUUGCCAAGGUGCUAUGGGAAAUUGAAAUAACAGUUAGAAAAAUAAAGCUGAUUUAAAAAAAAAAAAAAAAAAAAAAAAAAAAAA